UUGAAAAGAAGUUCCGGAAAAAAGUCUAAAAAUGUCGUCCACCACUUUGAUAACUUUUCUUUUGCGCACGCCUUCCAACGUGAGAACUGUCGAGCUGCUCGGAUCAUGGGAUAACUUUACCCGUUCUUACCCAAUGGAACGAGACAAGCGCACUGGCUCUGGCUAUUGGCGAGGCUGCCAUACCUUUACCGAUAUAAUUCGCGAUGGCUCAUCUCCUAGUCAAUCUCCCGGCCGGACCGGAGGAUUGAAGAUGGGAGGAACAUAUUGGUACUAUUAUCGACUCGAUGGAGACAUUGAAUAUUAUAAUGAGGUUGAACCGGUUACCUCUCUUUGCCCUCUCUUACCCGGCCAACCGGUCAAUCUCCUCAACGUACCCGUCAUUCUCCCAGACACAGAGAGCUUGCAUCGCCGGGAUAACAGUGUCAGCUCUAUCAAGUCGGAGCACCGGACAAUGGACCCCAAAGACAAAUACAUGAAUCCGAGGACCCCCCCGAAGCCGAAGCCGGCUCUUCCCCGCUUAAGAACGUCUCCUCCACUAUAUCAACACUCUGGGUCUUCGUGGUCGUUCCUCCAUCUGCAAGGUAACGGCGAGGAGAAUCGAGCUGUGUCUCAACCCGCAAGUGCGGCCCACAGUCCGCUGGGCCACCAUGCGCCUAAAGUGAAAAUAGCAAGACCUGUCUCCCCACCAUUAACCAAAGGUCUACGAGCUGCAUUUUUAAAUAUUGCUAGAGCUCGUUCUCCGAGUCGAGAUCGAGGCGAGAGUCGCAGCAGGUCGAGAGAUCGCCAUGACACCGGAGCAGAACUCUGCGACGGGCCUACACUGCGUGUACCCGUGUCGAACCCAAGCUCCAAUUAUAGCUCACGCAUAGCGUCUCCAAUGAGUAGCUCAGUUGAGGUUUCGAGUUCCGGGCAGUUGCCUUUCCGCCGUCCUCUUCCUGAUCAACAGGAGCUAUGUUCAGCAUCAGCAUCUAUCCAUAUUCGACGUGCUUCAAGAUCUAGUCGUGAAAACACUCCUUUAGCCAGUCUAGACUUAGGCCCCUCUACUGCGGACCAGAUGAAAAAUGGGAACUCUUCAUUUUCUCUUCUCCGGCAAUUGGACCCCCUCGAAGAGACAUUGUCGCAGCAGACUACACCCGUUCCAAUGGGCACAAAGGGCCGGUCUGGUGCAUUAGAGCCAUCUACAUCAUUAGAUUCUUCAAGCAUUAGAGAGAAACGACUGCCAACGCUUCCAAACACACCGUCCUCGGUUAUGGAGGAAGAAUUGCGCGCUAUCAAUGCGCUCAAUGAAUCUGUGGAUAUGGAGUUUCUACAGAGCCACUUUUCCGACUAUACAUCCGGGGUUCCAUCCCAAUUUUAUACCGAAUCGCCUAUGGACAAGAGCCGAUUCUCGGAAUGGAGUACUGAUACUGAGCUGGUCUCUCCUGCCUCCAUGACCUCGUGCUCUACUCUCAACGCCGAUUCCUCACAGCACUUCUUUGCGGAUGAUCAUUUCGCAGCCAAGGAUUCCACCUCAGAGGCCGCUGCUCCUUCUAGCGGGCCCCCGACUCCUACGCUUGAUGCCGAGCCUGAACUUCUGUCACCUACCAAAGUUGCGUCUGACUCACCUCUCAUCGGGUCUGGUCACACCUCCCCAGGUGCUAACGGAUUUUCCAACAGCAACUUCGAAUUCUCGUCUCUUGGCAUCGAUGAUUACGACGUCGCUAAUGAGUCUGACCCUAAAAGAUACGCUGGCAUAUUCCCAACCGAAGUUAUUACUUCCUUGUCCGUCAAUCGAGCCAAGUCGCGAGAUCAGCCGGAGCCCACUCGUCAGUUUCAGAGCUAUAUGACUGAGUCGGCGGCAAUGAAGGAGCUGAUGGAUGAGAUUGGUUAUUUGGGGGAUAUGAUUUCAUCUGGGCUGUAAUUAUUUGUGCUUUUGUUGUGUUUAUUUGUUGCAUCAUCUGGUGUUCUGGCAUAGCGAUUGCUGCAUAUUGAGUGCAUUAUGCAUGGCGUUGUUGAUUUAUAUAGAUUUGAGAGGUGAAUUGUCAUAUACAUAGCUGUAUAUAAAUGAUAAUCUAAAUAUCUGUGAUUUGAGCCA